UGACGGGCGGGUCUUUUUGGUCGAGGCUGUUCGUCGUCACGGGACGGCGUCUUGCUCUUCCUGGAGCCCCACGUGUUGUUGUUGAGCAGUUUUGGAUACAGAGACUGCGAUGUCUGAAGACGUGGAGCGGCUGCUGAUCCAGUUCAAGGAUGAGGGCGGAGAGGUGCUGGGCUCGCCCUUCGACGUGCCGGUCGACAUCACGCCAGAUAAGCUGCAGCUCGUCUGCAAUGCCCUGCUGCAGAAGGAGGAGCCGCUGCCUCUGGCGUUCUUCGUGAACGAGGCGGAGAUCGUGAGCUCGCUGGCCAGCGCUCUGGAAGGUCAGACGCUGGAGACGGAGCGGGUUCUGGACAUCGUGUAUCAACCGCAGGCCGUGUUCAGGGUCCGAGCCGUGACCCGCUGCACCAGCUCGCUGGAGGGGCACAGCGAGGCCGUCAUCUCUGUGGCAUUCAGCCCCACUGGAAAGUACCUGGCCAGCGGCUCUGGAGACACCACAGUCCGCUUUUGGGAUUUGAACACAGAGACCCCCCAUUUCACAGCCACAGGGCACAAGCACUGGGUCCUUUCGAUCGCCUGGUCCCCUGAUGGGAAGAAACUGGCCUCUGGAUGCAAAAACAGCCAGAUUUUUAUUUGGGACCCAAACACAGGGCAGCAGAUUGGCAAAGUGCUGGCUGGCCACACAAAAUGGAUCACUUACCUGUGCUGGGAGCCACUUCACCUAAACCCGGAGUGCCGCUACCUGGCUAGCGCAUCCAAGGACUGCGCCAUUCGGAUUUGGGACACGGCGCUGGGGAAGUGUGACAAGAUCCUGACGGGACACGUGCAGUCUGUGACCUGCGUGAAGUGGGGAGGGGACGGGCUGCUGUACAGCUCCUCCCAGGACAGGACCAUCAAAGUGUGGAGGGCCCAGGAUGGAGUCAUGUGUCGUACGCUGCAGGGGCACGCUCACUGGGUGAACACCAUGGCGCUCAGUACCGACUACGUGCUGCGGACCGGGGCCUUCGAGCCAGCAGAGGCCACCGUCAACCUGCAGGACAUGAGGGGCUCAUUGGACGAACUGAAAGAGAAAGCCUUGCAAAGAUACAACAACCUCCGGGGUCAGGGUCCGGAGCGGCUGGUCUCAGGCUCCGAUGACUUCACGCUGUUCCUCUGGACUCCCGCGGAGGAGAAGAAGCCGCUGUGCCGCAUGACCGGCCACCAAGCGCUGAUCAACGAGGUCCUCUUCUCGCCGGACACUCGCCUCAUCGCCAGCGCCUCCUUCGACAAGUCCAUCAAGAUCUGGGAAGGCAAGACCGGCAAGUAUCUGACCUCCCUGCGCGGCCACGUCUCAGCUGUGUACCAGAUCUCCUGGUCAGCCGACAGCCGGCUGCUGGUCAGCGGCAGCAGCGACAGCACUCUGAAAGUGUGGGACGUCAAGACUCAGAAACUGUCUAUAGACCUGCCGGGACACGCCGACGAGGUGUUUGCAGUGGACUGGAGCCCGGAUGGACAGAGGGUAGCGAGUGGUGGCAAAGACAAGUGCUUAAGAAUAUGGAGACGGUAGCCCUGGCAGCUCUUGGGAUAAACGCUUUGAAUUCUGAAGGCGGAAUACGGUGGAGUACGGAAGACUUCAAACACAUUUUAAAUGAUAAAACAGAACUUUUAUCAGGACUGCCAGCCUUCGUCAAUAUGAACUCAGUCCCCUUGACUGCUGGGUAGAAGCCUCUCCACGGGUCUCCCCUCCUGCCUCUUUACAGUCUAUCUUUCCAACAAUAAACCCCCUAAAAAAAAAACCUUACAAUGUGAAUCCUCUCUUUAAACCGCCUCUGUGCAUGACAGCAAUCCAGCUGCAGUACAGACUGCUGUCAGCCUUUGCUGCAGUAGCACAGCUGUCAAGUCAAGUAGACUGCUGUGCUGCUGCCUUUGAGUGAGCCCUCCCACUGGUAUGAUCAGGAGCUCGCUCUGCUCCUGUGUGUGUGCUGGGACUAUUGCAUUUAACUCUGAACGUGUGUUAUUACCAGCACUGAAAUGUCUCUAUUUUGCCAUGGGUUCGAUUGUUGAGUGUAUGUCUGGUUGAAAGCUCUGGAACUAAAUAGAUGAAUGACGUCAAAACGAAACUAUCAGUUACGUCACGAAACAAAAGCAAUGCAGAUCUAUAAUACUGAAAGUGAUAAGAUUUGAAAGCUUAAAUACGUAUCAUUGUUUUUUUUUUACUACUGUAGGCAUUAUUUAUAUGCUUAUUUGUAUGUUUGGUUGAUUGUAUGAUGUGACUGCACAUUGUGCGAUGCGAUUCUAGUUAUUUUUAAAGAACAAAAAGACUUCAAUUUCAACGUCAAUAAACACCUUUCAUGAACAGCCAGCUGUGACUG